GACAGCCGAGCUUCAGUUCACUGGACAGUGGUAUUUUUUUUGUAUUUGGGAUUUGACUUCAUUUUUUUUCGCAAGAUGCAAAUACGAGCGUUUUAUAAUUAAAAACACUCAUCGCAAUCGUUUUCCCUUCAUAAAUCAAAAACAAACUAAAGUGACUGUGUCUCUGCAAACUCCCCAUCAUCGUUUUAUCAAAUUUCAAUCAAAAGUAAUUUGAUUAAAUUACAAAAUUAAAGUGGAAAAAAAGAAAACCAAAUAAAAAAAAGCAAAGAAAAGAAUAAAAAUUGGAAAAGAAAAAUUGUGUUCCUUACUCCCUCUAUACACGGUGAAAAAAUAGUGUCGUUUGUGUUUGGUGUGUGAUAUUAUAUUUUUGUUGGGUUUUUUUUUUCUUUUACUUAUUUUGGAUUUUCAAUUUGGUAUUUGUUCUUUUUUGGAAAGAAAACACAAAAUUUAGUGUGUGAAAAAGCUGAAAAUUCAAUAAAGAUGAGUUCCACGAACAGCAAUUGCAGCAACAGCAACAGCACCAGCAAAAGCAGCAGCAACAGCAUCAUCGAAGCCGAAUACAAUGAAAUUGAGUCAAAAGGCCAAAAUGCCUGGCGCAUGACUUACCAGCAUAUACGAGAAAAAAGUGAGAAAGAAGCAAAAGAGAAACAUUUCUAUACAAGUGAAUCGGAAAAGUCUCAAAAUCGUUGUCUCAACAGAUACCGAGAUGUAAAUCCCUAUGAUCACUCCAGAAUUGUUCUUCACAGAGGAAAAGUUGAUUAUAUAAAUGCAAAUUUAGUUAAGCUGGAAAGAGCAGAUCGUAAAUAUAUUUUGACACAGGGUCCACUUGGUGAUACUGUUGGUCAUUUUUGGCUUAUGAUAUGGGAGCAAAAAACAAAAGCAAUACUUAUGUUAAAUAAGCUAUUGGAAAAUAAACAAAUAAAAUGUCAUCAGUAUUGGCCUGAUAAAAGAGGCGCUGACAACGCUAUGAAAUUAAUGGAAGUUGGCCUUGCCGUUGAGUAUUUAAGAUGUGAAGAGUACAAAAACUUUUCCCGCCGAUGGUUUAGACUGACAGAUUUAGAAUCUAUGCAAAGCCGUGAGAUUAUUCAAUUCCAUUAUACGAAUUGGCCUGAUUUUGGUAUUCCAAGUUCACCUGUUGCUUUUUUGCAAUUCUUAAAACAAGUAAGAGAUUCAGGGGCUUUAGACCCGGAUGUUGGACCAGCUGUUGUGCAUUGUAGCGCUGGUAUUGGACGUUCUGGAACGUUUUGUCUAGUGGAUUGCUGCUUGGUUUUGAUUGAUAAAGAAGGUGAAGAUAAAGUAUCUGUACGAGAUGUUUUAUUUGAGAUGCGAAGAUAUCGCAUGGGAUUGAUUCAAACAGCUGAUCAAUUGUAUUUUUCAUAUCAAGCAAUUAUUGAAGGCGUGAAGCUUCUUAAAGAUCCGAGCUUUUUUGACUACGAUGAAAUACCACGUAUACCAAUGGAUGAACCUUUGGACGAAACCCCACCGCCUCUGCCGCGCCGUACAGAUUCAUUGUCAGUUGGUAAUGGCUGCGCUGGAAAUAUGAAUAAAAAACCAGCACCACCAAUACCUAAUAAUGAAAAUAGCAUCAAAAACAAAGACGCUACAAAUGCCGAUAAGAAUUCAUCGGAUUCCACAAACAAAACAGAUAAAUUAUCAACACCAACAUCAAAUACUAUCGAUCAUCGACCACUACCACCGAUACCAACACAACAAAAAUCCCUUGAUGAUUGCGGGUCCCAAAGUGACGAUGAAAAUGAAAUCUCCGAAAUCGAUGAAAAUGAUAGUGACAUGGACAAUGAUAAUGAUGAUAUUGAAAAAUCAUCAAAUGACAACAAACAUUCAACGACGAAUCAAAUAGAUGACAACAAUCAACAGACAGCGAAAUCAAAUGGUAUUGAUAUGAGCAGUCCUAGCAUUGAUGUCGAAGUCAGACGCCGGAAACGAGCUGAGCGACAGGCGAAUAUUGAGCAGAAAGUCAAUGAUAUCAAAAGAAAGCAACGCGAGGUCGAGGAAAGCGAAGAGACGGCGAAAAAACGAAGGUCAUUAGUUAAAUAUAUAGCCGCAGGCGUCAUAGUCGGUGUGCUUUGUGUGUAUGCUUAUUCGAAAUUGGCAUAAAAGUCGCAGCAUUUAGUUUUUUAAUAAAUAUUGCGGCUUUUUUUUUAAUUUUCAUUUUUAUUGCCAAUUUUUUUUUUAUUUAAAGAAUAUAAUAAUUAAAUUAAUUUAUAUGAACUAAAUUAAUUUUAAUAUAAAACAAAAACAAAAACACAAACAAAAUCGGAAAACAUUACUUUUUAAAUAUUCCAAUUCUUUUCCCUCUAACUCUCUUUUGUUUCUUUUAUUUUUAUUUCUCUUCUCUUUUGCAACAAAUUAUAUCUAAAAAAAAUAAACAAUAGACUGAUUAAAAAAAACAAACAAAAAUAAGCAAAGUUAGAACAAAGAAUUAAAAAAAAAACAGCAUAGAGCGGAACUAUUAUUGAGUGUAGGUUCUCAUCUUUAAGCUUAAUGUACUAUAUUUCUAUUUAACUUAAAAAAAAAAAACUAAAAAAAAGGAAGAAAAACAAAAAACUCAUUUGUUAUUCGUACACAAAAUCAUUAAAUACAAAAAAGAUAUAUAAAUAUAUACAAAAAUAAACUAAAACUAAAAAUUAUAUCUUGAAUGGCAAUAUGAAAAAGCAUAUACAUAAAUGUGUAAGAAAAAAACUUAUGUUUCUACAAUUUGGUUGUUUCGCAGAACGAAGUUUUUAUUUUUUUAAUUUUAAUUAAAUUAUAAACGUUGUAUACGUAGAAUGAAUUUAUUAAUUGAAUAAUGUAUUAUUUUGAUGAUACAAGAAUAAAAGUAAGUUUUUUUUAUUCUUAUUUUUGUUAGAAAAUGGUAACUAAAACGAUUGUUGUGAUACAGAUUACAUUUCCUCUUUUUCUUUUAAUUGUUUUGUUAUUAUUGUGUCAUCUUACAAAGUUUUUAUUUUGCUUCAUGUAUUUUCACUAUUUUAAGAAGAACAAGUCGUUUUUUUUUGUGUAAGUGUUCAUGAGGCUAGGAUUAUUUUUUUUGUAUAUGUUGUACAUAUAUAAACAGAAGAAUGCCCUUGUAACUUUGACGAACCAUUGUUAUCAUAACUAUUUCGCUUAUCAAAACUAAUUUUUAAAAAAAUUGCAUAUUAGUUUUUAAUGACAAAUUUCUACUUCAUCAAUAAAAAUGGUUACAUCCGUUGCAAAAGGGUAAGGCAAGCCCUUACGUACGGUUUCAAACCUUUUGUUUACAACGUGAUCAUCGUGGUCAAAUUUAAACUCUAAAAUCAAAAAUUCCCUAAACCAUAUAUUGUUGCUAUCUUUAUAAAUAGAAAUAAAAACUGCCGAAACUUAAAGAUAUUUUAACAUUGUUUUUAUUAAAAUAUAAAUUACAUAUUCACAUGUAGGAAAGAAGUUGAGAUAUUAUUGAACGUGGACAAUACAUUUUCUUUUUCUAGUAAUAAAAAUGUACCGCAACAGGAUAUUUUGUUUCUUCAUCCAUUUCUUGUCAGCAAAAUUUUCUGAUAUAUGAGUUCGCUCAAAAGGUGAUCCUAUUUAAACUUAUGAGUAAAUCUCAAAACCUUGUAAUAAUUCUAUGAAAAACUGAAACCCAACAAGAGAAUAGUUAAAUGUUGUUAAGUAGUGCUCAGGUGUUUUGAAUUUCAAUGCAGAAUUCAAUAUUCCGUUUUUUUUUUUCAUUGAGAAAAGAUCACCAUCGUGCAUAAAAUAUUGACUAUGAGAUAUUCCAUAUUUUCAGAAAAAGAAAACAAAUAAGUCAAAGGUGAUCUGCAUAGUUUGAAUGUUUAAGGAAUUCUUAAAUGUUUCCAUUGUAUUUUGUGUUUCUUUACUUUGAAGUUUAAUCAUUUUUUCCUGAUGAAAAAGAAAAAAACGUGAAGAUAUAUUUGUAUUUUCUAGCAAGUUAAGAAAACUUCCCAAAAUAAUAUUUUAAUCCUUUCUUUUUGGAUUUGAAUGAUUGAAAUCUCUGGGUAAUUCUCCAAACAGUACUUUCAUUUUCAGAAAAACUGAAUUGCUUACAUAUUUCUUCAGUUUCUUAUGUGCCAAAUGAAAGCAUAUUUGAUGGUUGGAUGAGAAAUUUGGUUGCUUCUCUAUAUUUCUAUAGUAGUUUGAAAUGUGAUUUUAUUCUGAACAGAAGUUUGUAAAGAAAAACACAACCCGAGAAUGAAAUUGUUAGGGAUAUUUUUUCCUUGAUAUGAUUUGGCAUGCACUUUGAGUCAUCGAAGUAUAAGUAUUGAAAAAUAGAUAGAACAAAAAAGAAUCAGAAAAAAGUCAGCACUUACGUUAAUAAUGUAAAAAUGCAGUUACCCCCUAAAGAGAAUGAUGUAUUAAUUAGAAAAGCAUUACUUUUUUAUCGAGCAUAAAACAUAUAAACCCUGUAAUGAGUUUUCAAUAUUUUAAUAAAACCAGAUCUGUAAGUCUGAUUUGUAAAAUACAAUGUGCAAGAUCCUAUAUUUUUAACGUUUAGAAGAGUAAAUGUAUUUACAACAGUAAACAAUGAAAAAGAGAAGCUUUUAACAAUCAAACCAAGAAAUAAACAGCUCAUAUUUUGAUAACUUUCUUAUCAUUUCUUUUCAAAAUCUACAAACUUUCCUUUUAAAAAAAAACAA